GAUUUUGAAAGGUUUCUGGAAGAAAUUGAUGGACAAAAGAUUCAAGAUUUGCUGCUGUCUGCUUCUGAAAUGUCUUACACCUACAGCAACAAACUUCUCCUUAUAAUGGACAAGGAAGAGUGGACUCAUCAGCGAGUAGAACAGGAGUACAGCAUGGAUCCUCAUUAUUCAGUAAUGGUCAGUGAUGCUUGUAUGUACAAUGAUUCAUGUCUACCAACCGUUAACAGUGGCACAGUUGUGAAGAUAUUUGGUACUGCCUCAGAGGAUGGACAUACUCUGUCCGGUUACUCUGGUUCCUCACUAGCAAAUCUAAUGUUGAAACCAUCAUUGAGAGCAGCAUCCAUUUUCUCCCUUGACAUCAAUACCACUUCUGCAUUUCACAAUGACUUCAUGAGGGUUUUUAAAUAUCAUGACAAUAAUGCUGUCUUGGAAACUACCAGCCCGGAAGACCUUCUCAUCUACCAAAUCAUGGAUCACACCGACACUGCAGCUGAGUACCAUGCUCCAAAGAGACCCGUUGAUCACACCACACAGUAUGAUAAACAGCACAUCCUAAUACUGGAAGAUAACCCCAUUGUUCGGUUAGCUGCUAAAUUUCUAUAUGAGAAACAUCCCACUGUGACCUCUGUGUACAUCAUGGAAAACCAACAGCCUAAACUGAUCAAAGGCGACCCGGUGCCACUGUCAGAAGAGAGCAGACUGGUACUUGUAGGCCAUGGGAGCAGAGACAGCGAAGGAGAGAUGAGGCUUGGAGGGUACAAAGCCGAAGACGUGGCUGACAUCAUUGGACGUACUGCCAGGACUAGUGACCAUAUUAAAACCACCAGUGUGGUGGCCUGUGAAGUUGGGUCUGAUGAAGCCUUCAAGAGCACCCUGUUAAAAGAGCUCCACACAAGGUCUAUUGAGACAGAACUACACCUGAGGAGUUCUUUGCUCCAGGUCAGCCACUCUGGGGAGAAGAUAACUGUAGAAAUAACCCCCACUGGAUUGGAAACAAGACAUAAGGAUGACAGCAAGAAAGUGGUGGCAAUGUUAGACAGAGAUGGAAAUGUUGUCACUAGAGAACAGUUCAACAGGGGGGAUGUGAUUUUUUCAAAUGAGAGAAAUUUUCUAGUGAAAGGUUUUAAAAAAUACAGAUGGCCAGACAUUCCAAAUAAAUUUGUUGAACAUUAUGCACGUGAAGAACAUACUGAUGAACUUGAGGCCUUAACCUGGGCAAUUUUUGAACCAAUGACAAGUGAUACAAAUUCAAAAAAGUUACACAUAUAUUUGAACAAUGAAGUAGUAUCAGAGUAUCAGAUAUGCAAUAUUGAGAGCAAAAAGAUCAAUGGACAUUCGGAAAUAACGAAACAAUGGAUUGAAAAGGAGAAAGACAUUAGAAGUAUACUUGAUAAAUGUUAUGAAAUUAAGUCAGGUAAGGAUAUCCUAAGUGUGAUCCAUCAUAAUGCAAAGCUUGGAGAAGAUGAGACCACGUACCUGAUGUUACAUGACUGGAUCUAUAAGAUAAACCCCCAAACUUUAUAUGUGUAUCCAGUUGGUAAAAAGCUUGGCAACAAUGAAAAGGGAAAUCAAAACAAAAUAGAUGAGAUAAAACAUUGUGUUGAGGCACAGAUUGGCAAAGAACAUUAUUCAGCCAUCCGUAAAAAUAUAGGAGAUGGCAAAGAAAGUUAUCCUAAUUUUGUGAAAGAAACUCUUCAAGGGGAAUACAUUAAUAAAGGCUCACAAGUUAUGAUGGAGGCAUGGUACACAACAUAUUUCUUGGCAUCAGUAAUAUCAGAGUCCUCCAGAAAUUUCCGUACAUUUCCUCUUGUCCUGAUGGCCUUAGAUAUGACCCAGAGCACAGACAAUAAUGUCAAAGAGAAGGGUUUGAGUUUCCUCAUGGAGGAACAUCCAAUGGCAAAAGGUGGCUCUUGGGUGGAUCCAGGUAGCCGAGGAUUUUAUGGUUCCUCCUCAGACAAAGAGUCUACCAAAUUAGAAAAUGGACAAAAAAUAAAGAUUUUACAAAAACAACUUAAAGUCCUAACAACAAGAGAGAAUAACGUGUUUGAAGAAUGGUGGAAAAUAAAAGAUAAAAAGUUAGUAGAUGAGAUCUUCGAUCUUGCAAAUGAGUAUAAGCUAGUGGAAGAGAAUUCUAAAAGUUCAUUCACAGAUGAUUAUAAUCAUUUCUUAAAUGAAAUUGGCAAACAAUCAAACCAAAAUGAGGUCACUGGACCUUUGGGUGGGUCCCAUGAUGGCUCUGUGACAUUGAAAGAUCUACAUUCCGCUUCAGAAGUAGAGCAUUCACUCAAGCUCUCUUCAUAUUACGCUAGGUCCUCUGCUAUGUUUGCUGA